ACUGGGCGAGGGGGUCGGAUUUGGACAGCACCACCUGUGCUCCUUUGGUCGGUCCCACUUGUAGGGGCCUGAGCGUCAUUUUCGGACGGCACCACUGGUGGGGAGCCGUGGGGCCGAUCGGAGAGCAUCGCUGGACGGAGCCCAGGGGCACGUCCGGCGGUACUACCCAGAGUCAAAGGGCCAGUCGGCUGGGUGCCCUGGGGUGGGCCCUCAGGCUCGUUCGGACCGAAUCGCGUGGUUGGUUCCGGAGGCUGGUUCGGAACAUACCACCUCGGGAGGGGCGCCCGGGCUCUGCAGGCCCGACCGGUCGGAGGUCGAGUGAGGUCUGGUGUCUCGACCUCUUAUUAGGGGACCUCGGACGAUACCAUUCCCUUCCGGGGGAGGGGGGAGGCUGAGACGGCUAGGGUGUGAGGGUAGAGCUGCCUCGCGGGUCGCGACGCACUGGCGGGGGUGGCGUUUGGGUCCCCACGUCGCUGACCACUGCCCCCUCCCCGCUGAGUGGGUUCUAGGCCCUGGUUCGAGCUUGUUCCGACCCCCUCCCCCGGGUAUGGCGCUGUCUGGGUCGACCCCUGCCCCGAGCUGGGAGGAGGACGAGUGCCUGGACUACUACGGGAUGCUGUCGCUUCAUCGUAUGUUCGAGGUGGUGGGCGGGCAGCUGACCGAAUGCGAACUGGAUCUGCUGGCUUUCCUGCUGGACGAGGCCCCCGGCGCCGCCGGCGGCUUGUCUCACACCCGUAGCGGCCUGGAGCUGCUUCUGGAGCUGGAGCGCCGCGGGCAGUGCGACGAGAGCAACCUGCGCCUCCUGGGGCAACUCCUGCGAGUGCUGGCCCGGCAGGACUUGCUGCCGCACCUGGCGCGCCGGCGGCGCCGGCCAGUGUCACCAGAACGCUACAACUAUGGCACCUCCAGCUCUUCUACAAAGAGGACAGAGGGCAGCUGCCGUCGGCGUCGGCAGUCAAGCAGUUCUUCAGAUGCUCAGCAGGGCCAGUGGGAGACAGGCUCCCCCCCAACCAAGCGGCAGCGGCGGAGUCGGGGCCGGCCCAGUGGUGGUGCCAGACGGCGGCGGAGAGGGGGCCCAGCUGCCCCCCAGCAGCAGCAAGAGCAGGCCAAGCCCACCUCGGAAGGCAAAGUGACCUGUGACAUCCGGCUCCGGGUGCGAGCAGAGUACUGCGAACAUGGGCCAGCCUUGGAGCAGGGUGUGGCAUCUCGGCGGCCCCAGGCGCUGGCACGGCAGCUAGAUGUGUUCGGGCAGGCCACUGCAGUGCUGCGCUCCCGAGACCUAGGCUCCGUGGUGUGUGACAUCAAGUUCUCUGAGCUCUCCUACCUGGACGCCUUCUGGGGGGACUACCUGAGUGGCGCCCUGUUGCAGGCCCUGCGGGGUGUAUUCCUGACUGAAGCUCUGCGAGAGGCUGUGGGCCGGGAGGCUGUCCGCCUGCUGGUCAGUGUGGACGAGGCUGACUAUGAGGCUGGCCGGCGCCGCCUGCUGCUGAUGGAGGAGGAGGGGGGACGGCGCCCAACAGAGGCCUCCUGAUCCUGGGUCUGGCAGGACUGACCCCACCUCCUAGCCUCCGGGCCACCUUCACCCCAGGAGGACGAAGAUAGACGACCAUCUCUGCCCCUAGGGGACUGUCACUCCAGCAGCUCUGAGGACUGAGACAGACAGAUGGCCAGGCCCCCUGACAGCCUGCACCUUGACAGUUCCUCUGACAGGAUGUGGGCUCUGAAGCCUAAACCACUUCCAGCUGAGUUUCCUUUCCAAACUACCCCCAUCCCACCCUCAGGUGUGUUCCUUCAGCUCCAGGAGGCCAGGGGCUCAGGCAUGCAGAUCUCAAAGGGAAGGAGACAUAGCCACACAGUCACCAAAGGCCCCCUGCACAUUGUGUUCCCAACCCUGGGUGGUUUACACACACUGCCCCCAUUGAAGUCUCCCCUGGGCUCCUGCCCUGGCCUGCUCCACACACUUCUUUGGCCUAAGGGCUUCUCUCUCAGGAUCUCUGAUAUUAUCGCCCCCAACCCUGGGCUUCAGCUGCACCAGGCACUGAAGUUGGGGCACACACGGGGCCUGCUCACCUUGCCCCAACAUCUCUACAGCCAGCCAGGGCUCUUCCCACUUUUCACACACAGACCUGGCCCUUCACCUUUUCCUGCUCCCCAGAGCUGGAUGUGGACUUGCACAAGGACCUACACCCAGAGUGUCUCACGUGUGUUACCAGCUGUAUCAGACCAAGUGUGCUGCUGCCCAUGGGGCCAGGACCAGAAGCCAACUGCCAUCUCAGAAAGGGAAAGGCAAAGGCUUGUGGGCCGAUGGGAAAAGUCUUUUACAAAUUGCAUCAAUAAAACUGCCCUGGAAGGGGCAUAGGUGGGCA